AUGCUCGCCUCCUCAGGAGGUCAGUCGCUCCAUCGAAAUACCCACGGUCGCGCGUACCUAGCACGGUUGCAACCGAGAGAGCCACUCGCCAACAACCAACGUCAAGACACUCCGCGUGCCACAGCUCCGGUGAGUACUUUCUUUCUUCUUUGUCCGUACCAGGCUAACCGGCGAUUCCAACCGAAAAUAGGGCUCCGCAAAGGUCAAGAACUGCCUUUUCCCCGAGUAAGCAAGAAAAAAACACACCGCCGCCAUGGACGCGAUCAAGAAGAAGAUGCAAGCGAUGAAGCUUGAAAAGGACAACGCGUUAGACCGCGCUGCCCAAAUGGAACAGCAGGCCAAGGACGCCAACCUCAGAGCUGAAAAGGUACACAUUAAUAUAUAUAUUAUUACACACUCACGAUAAUUUCUUGGACUGUGAUGAGUUUCUUGGGCUUUAUUUCAUGCUAUACGGCAACCUAAAAUUCAUUUCCGUCGGUCUGUCUUGAUGUGGUAGUAUGUUUGUCAGUCUUUCCGUAGCUUAUUUUUUCGUUAGCACGCAACAGACCGCUGAAAAAUGUGUUAUUGAAAAAUGUCGUAAUUUCUGGUAUACAAGAUGCUUCCUAUUAUACGACUAUUUUGUUCUCAUUUUAACCAGUUGUGACCUAACAUGAGGGUAUCAAUGAGAAAAAAUUAAUCCAUUUCAUAAUAGCUCAGAAAUGAUGUUUCUGGAAAACCUAUCCUAAAAAAUUCAUUUUUGUUUGAUUUAAAUAAGUCUUUGAGAAAAUCAGUGUCAUUUCAGUACUAUUUUAUAGAUUAUGAUACAGAUUCUGAUGUACUGGUUCCCGGAUUCGUAAUCAGCGAAAAAAAUGCUUGCAAGUACCGUAUAGCAGUGUUUACACAUAAGAUCAUAUCUUCUAGAUCCCCCUUGUAUCUUUAUGAGAAAUUUGUUUUCAGACGAAAUAAUUCAGACAUUGAUUUCAGACACAAAAAAAGACUAGAGAUCCCUAUGUAUAAAACAACUUUAUUUCGUAGUUCAUACACUUACAAUGCUAUCCUGAUUUAUAACGAAUUAGAUGACAAUAUAAAGGAUUGGCCAGUAAACAGAUUUCGUAAGCAUGUGAAACAGAUUUAUUUGUCAUUGUAGUAAUUGUGGAAAAGUUAGUUUUUAAUUCUUACAUUUAAUUUUAUUUUACGUAAUAUAUGUGUAUAUAUGUAU